AUGCCUGGACUCCACCGACAACGAUUGAGUUACCUUGCAGGGUGGAAUUUUGCUAUUUCUUUGUUAACCCUCGCUCCACAAUGGGCGGUGUAUCACUCUAACCUCCGGUACCCCUUUGGUCGGGAAACGUCGGCACAUGAGUUGAUCAUUUUCGAUCUGAAUGUGCGUUCAUUCGGCCAUUUUGCGGGUAAAUCCAUCGGAUGCAUGAUUGGUACUCAGGUCAAUGCGUGGAGGCGCAGAGUCCGUGACCUUGAUAGCACCACAGAACGUCGUCUGUGCACGUUGGUGAACUGGCCGCGCCUUGUAGAUCACCAUGUGCCGCAACGAGCACUGGCUCCUACAGUAGCUCAUGUGUGUUCUCUGCUCCUCUCGUGGCCUUCCCUCGACACCCAAAGGUACUUGUAUCACAACGCCCUCACCACCCUGCCUGAGGGAAUCUUUCAGAACAUGACGGGUCUUCAGGAACUGGAACUGUGGGGCAACGAGCUUACCACCUUGCCCGAGGGAAUCUUCGGGGGUCUUACGGCCUUGGAAAUUCUGUUCCUGAAUGAGAACGAGCUCAGCACCUUGCCCGAGGGAAUCUUCGGGGGUCUAGAGGCUUUGGAAAUUCUGUACCUGAAUGAAGACGAGCUCACUACCUUGCCUGGGGGAAUCUUCGGGGGUCUUAUGGCCUUGGAGUUUCUGUCGCUGCUGAACAACAACCUCACCACGCUGCCGGAGGGAAUAUUCCAGGGUCUCCCGGCCUUGACAAUACUGAAGCUGGACGGAAACUCUCUGGAGUGCUUGCCCUCAACAACAUUGAUGGAAGUUGAUGAUGAUGCCACGGACGGGCUCCACGUUGAUGCAUUCGGUGACGAAUGUGACAGCGGCCACACUUGCGGCUACGCCUGCACCUGCACUGGGCACGGCCGCGCCGGGAUCUACCCCACAACCUACGCCGGCAUUCGACUCGAGCUCACAAGCGGCCACACGUGCGGCUACGCCUGCGCCGGGAUCUACCCCACAACCUACGCCGGCAUUCGGCUCGAGCUCAGAAGCGACCCCACUUGCGGCUACGCCUGCACCUGCACGGGGCACGGCCGCGCCGGGAUCUACCCCACAACCUACGCCGGCAUUCGACUCGAGCUCACAAGCGGCCACACUUGCUCCUGCCCCUGCACCUGCACUGGGCACGGCCGCGCCGGGAUCUACCCCACAACCUACGCUGGCUUUCGGCUCCAGCUCAGAAGCCAGCCGUUGCCUAUCGGAGUCCGGCCUCCAUCAAAGCUCCAUCCCUGCUCGUCCGCCGCUCGUUUGGUCAAAGAAGGCGCAUUCAAGGUGGGCGUUGUAGUCGGCAUUGGCGUUGUGGCCGGCGCGCUGGCGUUAGCAGCACUGGGGUUCUGCCUACGUUGCCGACGGGCCGCGAAGAGCACGGACCCGGACCCGCCGGCCGCUCCUUCAGACGGUGGGGACAGCCUGGAGUGUGGCCAGGGUGAACAGCACCAGCAACGGCAGAAUGACACCCACUCCUCUUCGACGAUCAUCGCCGACUCUGCCGGGGGCAACGUUGCCCGCGCCCCGCCACCUCCUGCCGAGCAAGGAUCCCCGCCGCCGCCCCCAUCGUCUGCGCAUGAUGAUGCACACCGGCGCGGUGCUUGGUCACCCGCCGCCAGUCAGCAGUACGCGGUUAUCGCCGCUGAGACAACACUCGGCGAAGACGGCACGCCCAUCAGGCAGUCGUUGUUCCCAGCGACGCCCACGGGCGCCCUGCCGAACCCCAGCUCCGAGGGGAAAUCCAAACGCACACGCGACAGCAGCGGAAGCGGUGGUGGCACGAGGACGGCGGAGGCGGGCCGGGGCGGGGGCGAUGCGGCGGAAGACGGCGGCGGCUGCGUAGUGUCAGCGGAUCAGUCGGUGCUGUCGGUGACGACUACGAACUCCGCCACCGACGAGUCGACGGAAGAAGGGGUCGCCGAGAUUACCGCGUUCAGGUCUUCGGCGAUGGAAAGGCCGGACGGCGCUCCUUCGGGGGCUGCUCUUGUUCUUGCGGCUGCUCCUGCGGCUGCGGCUGCUCCUGCUCCUGCGGCUGCUCCUGCUCCUGCGGCUGCUCCUGCUCCUGCCGCUUCUCCUGCUAGCGGCCGCGGACGGACGUCCAGCGGCGUCGCGUACGGCCAGGCAGUACUGGUAGCGGCAGAGGAGCUCGCACAUCAUUGCCAGAUCCCCGGCGUCAGCGAGGCAGCGACGGCGGUGUCGAUUCUGGUACACCUGGUCUUAGACAGUCGGGACUUGACGAGCGGCACCGGGGUUAAGCGGUGCCGGUCGAUCGUGAUGAUGCUUGAGCGGGCGGCAAAGGUACUCGGCCAGGGUGGCGACACGAGCACGGAGGAGGAGCGUGUUUUGAUGGAAGAAGUGCACGACGCAGUCUCCGAUCUCAACGAGCUCAUCAAAACCUACCAGAACAAGAGCAAGCUCGCCCAGUUGUUGACAUCGACCCUGUUCAAGCGGCGCCAGGACGAGCUGAACGCGGUUAUGGACAGGGCCAUCUGGGGCCUGCACUUGGGCCUGCAGGUGCAGGUGGGACACGACGUUGCGCACCUUGUCAAGAGGUCAACGGCGGAGGCUCAGGCAGAAUCUCUGGCAGAAGCACGCAGGUCGAGGCGACAGCGCAAGCUUGACCAGAUCGAAAUCCCCGAGGACCACGUGUCGAUCACGAACGAGAUGCUGGGAAAGGGAGGCUUCGGCGUGGUGUACCUAGCCGACUACAACGGCCACAACGCGGCGGCCAAGAAGGCCGAGCGCAAGGCAUUCCUGCGCGAACUGGACGCCAUGAUCCGGCUGAGAAGUCCUCAUACCGUCAACGUCUACGGGGCGAUCACCUCGCUGCCGGACGGCCUGGUUAUGGUCAUGGAGCUGCUGGCGGGCGGUGACCUUCGGGCCAUGCUGAAGAACUCCGAGCAGCCGCUUCCCGAGGAUAUGUGCCGACAGAUCAUCCAGGAUGUCUGCGCGGGGAUGACCUUCCUGCACAGCAAGUCGACGGUGCAUGGCGACCUUAAGUCUGCCAAUGUUCUUCUGGAUGGCCGCGGAAGGGCAAAGAUUGGGGACUUCGGCACCUCGAGGUGGGCCCAGAACACCGAUAGAUCUACAGGUCUUGCCACAUACACCACGAAUCCGGGACCAAGCGCCCACAUCAGCUUCGCAUGGACUGCCCCAGAGGUGCUGGAGUCCCAGGAAACCUCCAAAGCGAGCGACGUCUACAGCUUCGGGAUGGUGGCGUGGGAGGUGCUGACGAGACGGACACCUUGGGCGGACCAAGCUCGGCCUCGAGAUAUAUACCUCCGUGUCGUCAUGCGUGAGGAACGCCCCGCGAUUCCCGCGAAUACCCCCGUAGAUAUCACAGAGAUGGUGCGCAGCUGCUGGGCCCAGGAGCCCGAGGACCGCCCGACGUUUACAGUGCUUUGCAACGUGGGGAACGUCCGACCGACGGCUUUAAGAAUAAAAUAG